AUGAAAGCACGAUUCAAGAACAAAGUUUUUACGCUUCAACUGGAACGUAUUAGGGCUCUGUCGACGUCUGUAUCGGGUAUUGAGACUAGGAAUGCUAUUGAUCCAACUGACAGAGUGUCUACUGCUUCAGGUGAUGCUGAGCAGGUCAGGCAACUGGAAGUUUUGAUUGAGAAUCAGAUACAGAAAGAGACUAGUCAGAAUAUGCCUCGCUCUGCCACUCGUUGGUUAGAACAGGGAGAACGUAGCAACAAGUAUUUCUAUCGUUCGAUCAAAGGUGCGAGAGUCUCAACAGACAAUUCAAUCCUUAAAGUGCUCUACUACUGGGGAUAUCUUGGUGGAAGCAGCAGCUAUCAACAGGGAGGCACAAGCUAUCGAUACUCUCCCUGGGGAAUGUUCCAACUGAUGUACGCCUAUCAUCUUUGGAUUGGUGAUAUGCUAAUGGAACUUCCAACUCGCGAUGUUUUGUUGUCUUUGCUCACUCAUGCUCCCAAGUCUAAAAGUCCUGGUCUUGACGGUUUGCCUUUUGAAUUGUAUCAAUAUCUUGCUGGUGUUUCUACUGAUUUUCUUGACUUGCUUGUGGAUGUGUUGGGUGCAGCUUUUUCUGGUGUGUUUCCUCCUUCGUGGCAACAAACUCGUAUGGUCUUAUUGUUCAAGAAGGGUGACCCUCAGUUGUUGGUUAACUGGAGACCUUUGUCCUUAAUUAACAGUGAUGCCAAGUUAUUUACAAAGCUCAUUGCUAAUCGUAUGAACAAAGUGUUGCCAAAGUUAAUCAACCCUUAUCAAACUGGUUUUCUCCCUCAUCGUCUGAUCUCUGACAAUGGCUGGUUAAAUCAGUUGUUGAUGUCUCACUUGCGUGUUGUUGCUCCUGAUUUACCUCAAGUGGCUGUUUUGUUGGAUCAAGAGAAGGCGUAUGAUCGGGUUCAUCCUGAAUAUCUUUGUCGUGUGUUGCUCCGGUUUGGUUUUCCUGGUGAGUUGGUGUCUUGUCUGUCUUCUUUGUUCUUUGGAACCAAGAUUUCAGUGUCUAUCAAUGGUUGGCUUGGUGCUCCUGUACCUCAAUUGCGAGGUCUUCGUCAAGGUGAUCCUCUCUCUCCAUUGCUAUUCAAUCUGGCAUUUGAGCCUUUGCUUCGUUCUCUUCUUGCUUGUCCUGGUCUUUCUGGUGUUACUCUGUCUCCUGUUGAUAUCCCACGUAAAUGGAAGCCUUCACCGGUUGAAGUUCGUGUGGAUCAUGGUACUGGUGCCCGGAAUUGGACUUUGGACUUUGUUAGUGGCUCUGUUGCUCCUCCUCCUGUCAAGAUUCUGAGCUAUGCGGAUGAUCUUGAGGUGUUUUUGUCUUCGCCAGAAGAGUGGUGUGUGUUGUUGUCUGUUCUUGAUCUGUAUGGCCGAGCAUCUAAUGCGAAAGUCAAUAUCAGCAAGACAGUGUUGGUGUCGUUGUCUGGUGUGUCCCACUCUGCUUGGGUUGCUUUGGCUGAUUCUACUGGUCUCCAGUGGCAUGACGCUCACUCUCGUGGUGCAGUACGUUACUUGGGUUAUCCCUUGUAUCAUACUGAAAGUCAACUUCAAGACUAUCUUGAUGGUGUCUUGGUGAAGGUCCAGCGACACAGUAACUUGUUGAAACAAAGGAAUCUCUCCAUUAGGGGAGCAGGACUAGUGGCUAACUCGUUACUGUUGUCAAAGGUAUAUCAUUUGUUGCGUGUUGUUCCUGGUGGUGCUACUACUGCGUCGUGGUUGAAGUCUCUCACUACGGUGGUUCGUGAGUAUCUGGUGUCUUUUCGCCCUGGUGUUGCCUGGUCUACUUUGUGUCUUCCUCGCAAAUUUGGUGGUGUUGGUCUCGUGGAUAUAGCAGAUCAAAGCUUAGCUUUGCAUCUUGUCUAUUUGCAACGUUUGUUGCGUCCACCCUCUCCCAAUGAUUUUGUCUCCUCUUGGUUGGUGUAUGCCUUUCAAGUUUACACUGGUCAUAAGUCCAUCUUGCCGUGGUUUUGUUUUCCUGGUCUUUACCAGUCUCUUCCUUCCUCUGGUUGGUCUGCUAGGUGGUUUCUUGAUCUUCCCUUGUGUUCUGUACUCAGUACUGUGCCUUCUGUUCGUCCUCCUCGUGAUCCAUCAUCUCUUGAUCCUCGUUUCUUGGUGUCGGAUGUCUCUUUCUGGCAACCUGAUCUAGGUAUAGUUGAUGGUGUCACCUCUCAUCUUGCUUGGUCAUCUCGUGUUUUGCGCCCUGUUUUUCUUGCUUUGAACCGUGAUCGUGGUCCUGUCUCGCUGGUAUUCCCGCCUGUCAUGGAUAGUAAGAUAGUCUUGUCUCAAGCAGACUAUUUUACUAUGCCCCGUUCUGAUGGUGCUACCUCUUGGAUGCCAGAUUGUACUCAUUGGACUGUCUCCAACUCGUCUCGUUCUGCUGCUCCGGUUGCUCGUCUCUCUCUUGGUGCUUUGCGAAGGUAUUGGCACCCUGCAAAGGGUACCAUUACCUCUCGUAUGGGUCCUCCCUUGAAGUUGCCUGCUCAUUUGUUGCUGUCUCCUGCUUUGUGGCGUCUUUUCUGGUCCCUGGAAUUGCCUGCAAAGGCUUUCACACCUUGGUGGCGAUUGCUACAUGACCGUGUCCCGCACCGCUCGUGGUGCCAUAAGAUUAUGCCUACAAAGUUCUGUCUCCUGCUUGUGCUCUUUGCGGAUGUAGUCUCUUUGUUGUCACUUCAAGAGCUACUCCCCUCUGCUUCUUCUAUUUGGUUGGCGCUGACUACCUUUUGUAGUGGUUCAGAUUUGUUGGUGAUCGAUGAGGAUGUUCUGAUUGCUCUUGGUGCUGCUUACAGUACACUUUGGAAGUAUCAUUGGCGAUGCGCCAUAAACGAGGAGGAGCCUUGGAUAGCUUCUGCUGCUAUCAAUAUGGUCCGUCAAGACCAUGGUACACUCCUUUCUUCUCUUUCUCUGGCAAGUGUUCAAGCUGGCACCUUGUCCUUGCCUGUAAAUUCUGUAUAG